GAAGCCGAGUAACAUCAUGACCUCAGCAGGCCUCCAGCUCCUUGCUUUCAUCCUGGCCUUAUCUGGGGUCUCUGGAGUACUCACUGCCACUCUGCUGCCCAACUGGAAGGUUAAUGCUGAGAUCGGCUCCAACAUUGUAACUGCUAUUGUGCAGACGCACGGGCUGUGGAUGGACUGUACGUGGUACAGCACUGGGGUGUUCAGCUGUACCGUGAAAUACUCCAUCCUGUCUCAACCCAUCCAUGUGCAGACGGCCAGGGCCACCAUGGUCCUGGCCUGCGUUCUGUCUGCUUUGGGGAUCUGUACGUCUGUAGUAGGAAUGAAAUGCACUCACUUAGGUGGGAACACAUACACUAAGAAUAAAAUCUCCUUUGCUGGAGGAGUCUGCUUUAUGACUGCAGGGAUCUCUGGCUUGAUCCCAACAGUGUGGUACACCAAGGAGAUCAUAGCAACCUUUCUAGAGCUGACCAUUCCGAAAAGCAGCAAGUAUGAGCCUGGAGGGGCCAUCUACAUCGGGUUCAUUUCUGCCAUGCUGCUAACCCUCUCUGGUAUUAUUUUCUGCACUUCUUACAUAAGGCAGAACCCCAAACCAUGGAUUUACUCUCCCAAGCAUGAACAUACCCCUACCUGGCAGCCAGAGAACAGGUUUGCACACAACGUCAAGGAUUACGUGUAA